AGAAAAAGCGUGUCCCCCAAUGACCUCACAUCCUGUUGUCCACUUCCUCGUCAGUGGUUGUGAAUGGUGAGUGGUUGGAGCGGAGCGGGUCUCGCAUGGUCUGCAAGCCGCGUGGAAUAUCAUACUGCACAUCAAUAUUGGGCCCGUGUUGGAUCAUGUUGAUAGAUAUCUGACGGGCGCGGGAAACCAUCAUUCUUGCAAUGCACUGUUUUGCAUGUUCAGGGAAAUAAUUGCCGUGGUUUCUCUGUUGGAAUGGUGACGUCGGAGGUGAAGCUCAUCAACCAGGGCCAGGAGGAUGAGAUGGAGGUGUGGGCGUACCGGCCGUGUGUGUGGAAGAGGGUCCUGGUGGGGUUCGGGGCGGCGGCUUCGGGGGGGCUCCUCCUGCUGCUGCUGUACUGGCUGCCUGAGUGGAGGGUGAAGGCCACCUGCAACGCCUCCCCCCUCAGAGACGCCCGCACCCUGCUGCUGCGGGCCACGGAUGAGUUCAGGCAGUGGUUCCGGGUCACAGUGCACGUGAUGCUGGCCCCGGGGAAGAGGCCCUUUGACGCGGUGCCUCCGUGCGCCGGGGACGGGCUCUCUAACGGAGAAGGGGCCCCUAGCCUGUCCACUGAGCACGGGGACUGCUGCGGGAAGUUCCCCCACAACCAGCUUGUACCGGUCCAUUUCUUCAGUCACCACAGUACCAAGUAUUACUGGAGUGAUGACAUACAGAACUUUGAAACGUACAAAGGUUUGGAGGAUAUGAAAGUGAGCUGUGCUGGUAUUCACUCUGAACUCAGCUCAGGUCCCAGUAAGCACUUGCAGGCCUAUAGGAGGUUGUUUUUUGAGGAGAAUGAAAUUGCCGUCAGAGUUCCGUCUUUAUUUGAACUUCUCAUCAAGGAGGUGUUGAAUCCGUUCUACAUCUUCCAGCUCUUCAGUGUGAUUCUGUGGAGCUUUGAUUCUUAUUACUACUACGCUUCGGCCAUAGUCUUCAUGUCUGUGAUAUCCAUAGCCACCUCACUGUAUACUAUCAAGAAGCAAUACGUCAUGCUUCACAACAUGGUGGCGGCCCACAGUGUGGUCCGUGUGACCGUCUGCAGAGGGGAUAAAGAAUUGGAGGAGGCCAUGUCCACAGAGCUGGUCCCUGGUGAUGUCAUCGUCAUCCCAGCCAAUGGGAUGAUCAUGCCUUGCGAUGCUGUGCUAGUGUCAGGAACCAGCAUAGUCAACGAGAGCAUGCUGACAGGUGAGAGUGUGCCCGUCACCAAGACGGCCCUUCCCAGCUCCGGGUCGGAGGGGGCCUCCACCUACAGCACAGAGGAGCACAAGAGAUACACCCUGUUCUGUGGCACCCAGGUCAUACAGAGCCGCUUCUACACCGGCCAGCUGGUCAAGGCUGUGGUGGUCACCACCGGCUUCAACACAGAGAAGGGCCAGCUGGUGCGCUCCAUCCUGUACCCCAAGCCCACGGACUUCAAGCUGUACCGCGACGCCUACCUCUUCCUGCUGUGCCUGGUGGGCGUGGCCAUGAUCGGGUUCAUCUACACCAUCGUGCUCAGCAUCAUCAACCAGGUUCCCGCCAAAACCAUCAUCAUCGAGUCCCUGGACAUCAUCACCAUCACGGUCCCCCCCGCCCUGCCCGCCGCCAUGACAGCGGGCGUGGUCUACGCCCAGCGGCGCCUGAAGCGCCUCGGCAUCUUCUGCAUCAGCCCCCAGAGGAUCAACAUGUGUGGACAGCUCAACCUGGUCUGCUUCGACAAGACGGGGACGCUGACGGAGGACGGCCUGGACCUGUGGGGCGUUCAGAGAGCGGAGCACGGCAGGUUUUCCCCGGCCGAGUUCGACCCGUCGAAGGAGAGCUUGGUGUUCACGCCCUUCGUGGUGUGCAUGGCGUCCUGCCACUCGCUGACCAACAUCAACGGAGAGCUGUCCGGAGACCCCCUGGACCUCAAGAUGUUCAGCGUCACCGGAUGGACCCUAGAGGAGCCCACGGAGGAGGAGACGGCGCUCCAUAACCCCAUCAUGCCCACGGUGGUCCGACCCCCCAAGCACCUGGUGUCUGAGGCCCAGCAGAACUUCACCCUCUCUGAGACCAUGGAGCUGUCUGAACUUUCGCGCUACGAGGUGGGCAUCGUGCGUCAGUUCCCCUUCUCGUCGGCGCUGCAGAGGAUGAGCGUGGUGGUGCGGCGGCUGGGCGAGAAACACAUGGACUCCUACCUGAAGGGGGCGCCAGAGGUGGUGGCCAAGCUCUGCACGGAGGACUCAGUUCCGGAGAGCUUCGGGGAGACUCUGGAGGCCUACACCAGGAAGGGCUUCAGGGUCAUCGCCCUGGCCCACCGCCAGCUGGAGCCCAAGCUCUCCUGGCACAGGGUGCAGAACCUCAACAGGGACCAGAUAGAGACCAACAUGGACUUCCUGGGGCUGAUCAUCAUGCAGAACAAGCUGAAGUCUGAGUCUGCUGGAGUCCUGCAGGACUUACAGAGAGCUGAUAUCCGCACGUUGAUGGUCACAGGGGACAACAUGCUGACGGCUAUAUCAGUGGCCCGCGACUGUGGGAUGAUCCGUCCCCGGGACAGGGUCAUCAUCGCCGAGGCAACGCCCCCUAAAGAUGUCCAACCAGCCAGCAUCAUGUGGUGCUACACAGAGAACCCAGACCCCGGCACCAGCAAGGACCACCAGCUAGGACCAAGCAAGACCAAGCUCCCUCCACAGGACUCCAGGCUGGAGGAGGGGCUGGGCGGCGGGCUGCUGGACGGAGACGCCCAGGACUUCCACUUUGCCGUGAGCGGCAGAGCCUUCGCCAUCAUCACCGAACACUUCCCCGAGAUAGUGCCCAAGCUUGUGCUGAGAGCGACAGUGUUCGCCCGCAUGGCUCCCGACCAGAAGACCCACCUGGUGGAGGUCCUUCAGAGUGUGGACUACAUCGUUGGAAUGUGUGGCGAUGGGGCUAAUGACUGUGGGGCGUUGAAGAGGGCUCACAGUGGGAUCUCUCUGUCUGAGUUGGAGGCUUCAGUGGCCUCUCCCUUCACCUCCACCACCCCCAACAUCUCCUGUGUCCCAAACCUCAUCAGGGAGGGCCGUGCUGCUCUCAUCACGUCCUUCUGCGUCUUCAAGUUCAUGGCCCUGUACAGCAUCAUCCAGUACGUCAGCGUCACCCUGCUGUACUCGAUCCUCAGCAACCUGGGAGACUUCCAGUUCCUGUUCAUCGACAUCGCCAUCAUCCUGCUCAUCGUCUUCACUAUGAGCCUGAACCCGGCCUGGAGGGAGCUGGUGUCUCAGCGCCCCCCCUGUGGGCUGAUCUCGGGCCCGCUGCUCUUCUCGGUCCUCACCCAGAUCCUCACCUGCCUGGCCUUCCAGGUCCUGGCCUUCCUGCUGGUCCGGCAGCAGGCCUGGUACCACGUCUGGACCCCCCUCUCCAAUGCCUGUAACGUCUCGGCGGGCCCCGGGGGUCCGUCUCACGGGGCCAACGUGACCACGGGGCCCCACGACCACAAGAACAUCCGUAACUACGAGAACACCACGCUGUUCUACGUGUCCACCUUCCAGUACCUGGCCGUGGCCAUCGUCUUCUCCAAGGGGAAGCCCUUCAGGCUGCCCAGCUACAGGAACUGGCAAUUCAUGCUGGCCUGCAUCAGCCUGUACAUCUUCCUCUUCCUCAUCCUGCUGCACCCUCUGCCUGCCAUUGACAGCUUCCUUGAGAUCGUGUGCGUUCCUCAGGACUGGCGCGUGACGCUGGCCAUGAUUAUCAUAGCGCACGCAGCCGUGUCCUUCGUCCUGGAGACCUUAGUGCUGGACAUCCUCCUGUGGAGGCUGGUGUUCAGCCGGGACGCACAGGAAGUCAGUCAGGCCACCCGCUCUCCCCCCAGAGCGCCCCCACAGUUGGCCAACGACCGCUGGGCCUCUGCCUUCCUAUCCUGGCUCUUCUGCCGCAGACACAGGCCUCCCAAGGCCUGCUACAAGCAACUGUCGCUGGAGCUGCGGGACGAUCCAACAUGGCCGCCGACGCCUUCCGCCGUCACCUUCGCUAACCCCUCCCAACCGGACCUCUCGGAUCGCAUGUGACCCCAUUCGCUGGUGACUCAUGGAUAACACCCCUCCAUAAUUUGAACCAUGUGUCUCCCCUUUUUGUAGAUUUAUAUCCAGUGUCAAACCAAUGUUUACCCUCGCUGGCUAAUUGACCAACCACAGACUAUAGCCUAGUGCCUUCACAUCAAAAGCCAAGCCAAUUUCCUACUCACGCAACCUCAAACUUUAUCACGCGAGUGCUUCAGCAUCUACGAUUUGCGCCAAAGUUCAAAUAUUCCAACCGAAGUGAACACGUGAAUGAGGCAGAAUGCGUUGUUCGCCCGAGUAGAAUUGUCCUGAAGCGGAAAAAAUAUUCACGUCUCUGCAUUGACUUUGUAUGAAUAUGCGCCGUGACAAAAAUUCCUUGGCUUUUAGUGUGAACAAACCUUAAUCCAAUACUUGAAUGAAGACCCUGAAUGUGACUAUGCAGUGGACUCUGGUUUACUCUUUAAUUUUGCUAGCAAGCAAGGCCGCACCAGCAUCCAGACAGAACCGUCCAUGUGGUUCAAAAGUCCAGUACGAGAACAUUUCUGUGUGUGUGUGGUAGGAGUGUGUGUGCGUUUGUGUGUUUGUGAGUUAAAUAUACGUCUAUUAAUGUGAACAAACAUGUUGAACUGAAACUACUGACCCUUGGAUUAGCGUUUUUUUCUGAAUGACUUAGUAGUGUGCCGCAGGAUAAAGUCUGAGCACACUGCGCUACGCAGAAUGAAUGCACAGCCAGAAUACAUUUCAAAAUCAUUUGCAACAAAAUACUUUAUUUUAUGUGGCCUUUGGAACAAAGGCCUUGCUCUUAAUCUGUGAAUAACCAUAAUUUCUAAGACUUUUGGAGAGUUACAGGUAGCAUCUCACCGGGCUUGUUCACACUACCUCCGUCCGUCGACCGAUCUCAUUGAUUUUGCAUGGGGCACUGCACGCGUUUCCUAGAUCCAUUUUGCAAUAACGAGCAGGAAGAAGCAGGAAAAAUCUGUCCGUUAAAUUUUUUUAAAGAAAUGUGGAAUGAUAGGAUUGUUUUUAUUCACCUGUUGUUUGUGUCAUCUUUUGUAUUUAUAUCCACACAUCGUCUUUGUA